GUUCUGGGGGCCAGGGGGAAGCGGGAGAGCUUCAGAGAGAAGUGAAAUUAUCUGGGGAAGCAGAACCAGGGUAGUGCUGGGAGCGAAGUGGAAUUAUUGAUGGAUCUGGUGGCUCUCCAGACUGGAACAGCUCCCUCGGGUGUUGCAUGAGCUAGGCAUUAACUGGAAGAGUGAGAGCUGAACCCGGUUGCCCGAGGCGGAUCAGAACACGACUGAUGCUCUCUGGGAUUGCUGGGCAGUGGACAUCCUUCCGGCCCCUCCAUCUGGGCUCCUGUGGAUAGGAGGGGCCGGGUGAGCAGGCCAGCUGGGCUAUGAUUUGGUGUCUCAGUCUGACUAUCCUCAGCCUGGUCAUCAGCCAGGGGGCUGACGGUCGAAAGAAGCCUGAGGUGGUCUCUGUGGUGGGCCGGGCUGGGGAGAGUGCAGUUCUGGGCUGUGACUUGCUGCCUCCAGCUGGCCGCCCCCCUCUGCAUGUCAUCGAGUGGCUGCGCUUUGGAUUCCUGCUUCCCAUCUUCAUCCAGUUCGGCCUCUACUCUCCCCGAAUUGACCCUGAUUACGUGGGGCGAGUCCGACUGCGGACAGGAGCAUCUCUCCAGAUUGAGGGGCUCCGGGUGGAAGACCAGGGUUGGUACGAGUGCCGUGUGCUCUUCCUGGACCAACACAGCCCUGAACAGGAUUUUGCCAACGGCUCCUGGGUGCACCUGACAGUCAAUUCGCCCCCUCAGCUCCUGGAGACGCCUCCCUUAGUCCUGGAAGUGAAGGAACUGGAGGCUGUUACCUUGCGCUGUGUGGCCCGGGGCAGCCCCCAGCCUUAUGUGACUUGGAAAUUCCGAGGACAGGACCUUGGCAAGGGCCAGGGUCAGGUGCAAGUGCAGAACGGGACGCUCUGGAUCCGCCGGGUGGAGCGAGGCAGCGCCGGGGACUACACCUGCCGAGCCUCCAGCACCGAGGGCAGCGUCACCCAUACCACACAACUGCUGGUGCUAGGACCUCCUGUCAUCGUGGUACCCCCCAUCAACAGUACAGUCAAUGCCUCCCAGGAUGUCUCUUUGGCCUGCCAGGCUGAGGCAUACCCCGCUAACCUCACCUACAGCUGGUUCCAGGAUGGCAUUAAUGUCUUCCACAUUAGCCGCCUACAGCCUCGCGUGCGGAUCCUGGUAGAUGGAAGCCUGUGGCUGCAGGCCACUCAGCCUGACGACGCUGGCCACUAUACCUGUGUGCCCAGCAAUGGCUUUCCGCAUCCACCCUCCGCUUCCGCCUAUCUCACUGUGCUCUACCCAGCACAGGUGACAGUCAUGCCUCCCGAGACACCUCUGCCCAUUGGCAUGCGGGGGGUGAUCCAGUGUCCAGUUCGUGCUAACCCUCCACUGCUCUUUGUCACCUGGACCAAAGACGGGCAGGCCUUGCAGCUGGACAAGUUCCCGGGCUGGUCACAGGGCCCAGAGGGCUCACUCAUCAUUGCUCUUGGGAAUGAGGAUGCCUUGGGGGAAUACUCCUGUACCCCCUACAACAGUCUUGGUACUGCUGGACCCUCCUCUGUGACCCGAGUGCUGCUCAAGGCUCCCCCGGCUUUUAUAGACCAACCCAAGGAAGAGUAUUUCCAAGAAGUCGGGCGAGAGUUACUCAUCCCCUGCUCCGCUCGAGGAGACCCUCCUCCUGUUAUCUCUUGGGCCAAGGUGGGCCAGGGGCUGCAGGGCCAGGCCCAGGUGGACAGCAACAGCAGCCUCAUCCUUCGACCCCUGACCAAGGAGGCCCAUGGACGAUGGGAGUGCAGUGCCAGCAAUGCUGUAGCCCAAGUGGUCACUUCUACCAAUGUCUAUGUGCUAGGCACCAGCCCCCAUGUCGUCACCAAUGUGUCUGUGGUACCUUUACCCAAGGGUGCCAAUGUCUCUUGGGAGCCUGGCUUUGAUGGUGGCUAUCUGCAGAGAUUCAGUGUCUGGUAUACCCCACUGGCCAAGCGUCCUGACCGAGCCCACCAUGACUGGGUAUCGCUGGCUGUGCCUAUGGGGGCAACGUGCCUUCUAGUGCCAGGGCUGCAACCCCACACUCAGUACCAGUUCAGUGUCCUUGCUCAGAACAAGCUGGGCAGUGGGCCUUUCAGCGAGAUUGUCCUGUCUAUACCAGAAGGGCUUCCUACCACACCAGCUGCCACUACGCUUCCUCCAACAGAGAUGCCACCUCUCCUAUCCCCUCCUAGAGGUUUGGUGGCAGUACGGACACCCCGGGGGGUACUCCUGCACUGGGAUCCCCCAGAACUCAUCCCUAAGAGACUGGAUGGCUAUGUCCUGGAAGGACGGCAAGGCUCCCAAGGCUGGGAGAUACUGGACCAAGCCGUGGCAGGCACAGAAAUCCAGCUGCUGGUGCCUGGCCUUAUCAAGGACGUGCUCUAUGAGUUCCGCCUGGUGGCCUUUGCUGAUAACUAUGUCAGUGAUCCCAGCAACACAGCCAACAUCUCCACUUCCGGCCUGGAGGUGUACCCCUCCCGAACACAGCUACCAGGUCUCCUGCCCCAGCCCGUAUUGGCUGGUGUUGUGGGUGGGGUCUGCUUCUUGGGCGUGGCGGUCCUCGUGAGCAUCCUGGCUGCCUGCCUCAUGAAUCGGCGCAGGGCUGCCCGUCGCCACAGAAAACGUCUGCGCCAGGAUCCACCUCUGAUCUUCUCACCUAGGAAGUCAGGCCCGCACUCUGCUCCUGGCUCAGACAGCCCUGACAGCGUGACCAAGUUGAAGCUCCAGGGCUCCCCCGUCCCCAGCCUGCGCCAGAGUCUGCUCUGGGGGGAGCCUGCCCGACCUCCUAGCCCCCACCCGGAUUCUCCAAUUGGUCGGGGACACUUGCCACUGGAGCCCAUUUGCCGGGGUCCAGAUGGCCGCUUUGUGAUGGGACCCACUGUGGCCCCUCCACAGGAAAGGUUAUGUCUGGAGCGGGCAGAACCUCAGAACUCAGCCAAACGCCUGGCCCAGUCCUUCGACUGUAGCAGUAGCAGCCCCAGUGGGGUCCCACAGCCCCUCUGCAUUGCAGACAUCAGCCCUGUGGGACCGCCUCCUGCAGCCCCUCUACCAGGUCCAGGACCCCUGCUGCAGUACCUGAGCCUACCCUUCUUCCGGGAGAUGAAUGUAGAUGGGGACUGGCCACCUCUCGAGGAACCCACACCUGCUCCACCUCCAGAUUUCAUGGAUACUCAGCCCUGUGCCCCCUCAUCUUUCCUCCCACCACCAGACUCUCCUCCUGCAAACCUCAGGGCAGUGCUUCCCAGGACACUGAUGGGGGUCGGGGCCCCCUCAGAGCCCCCUUACACAGCUUUGACUGACUGGACCCUGAGGGAGCGGGUGCUGCCGGGGCUUCUCCCCGCUGCCCCUCGUGGCAGCCUCACCAGCCAGAGCAGUGGGAGAGGAAGUGCUUCCUUCCUGCGCCCCCCCUCCACAGCCCCCUCUGCAGGGGGAAGCUACCUCAGCCCAGCUCCAGGAGACACCAGCAGCUGGGCCAGUGGCCCUGAGAGGUGGCCCCGAAGGGAGCAUGUAGUGACCGUCAGCAAAAGGAGGAACACUUCUGUGGAUGAGAACUAUGAAUGGGACUCAGAAUUCCCCGGGGACAUGGAGCUGCAGGAGACUUGGCACCUGGGCUUGGCCAGCGCUCGGUCCCGACCCGAACAUGAGCCAGAGUUAGGUGUGAAGACUCCAGAGGAGAGCUGUCUCCUGAGCACAGCCCAUGCCCCUGGCCCUGAGGCCCGCUGUGCUGCCCUCCGGGAGGAAUUUCUAGCCUUCCGCCGCCGCAGGGAUGCUACCAGGGCCCGGCUACCGGCCUAUCAACAGUCCAUCUCCUACCCUGAACAGGCUACUCUGCUGUGAACACACUUAGUGGGAGGCUAGGAAAGGCAUAUGGAUCUGCCAAGGAGGCCAAGACUCUGGCUCCGAGCUUGGGCGCUGCCCCUACCACUCUGUGCGGGCAUAGACCCCGGUGGUGGCCUGGUGGUAGGCUUGAGUGAGCUUGGUGUAGAACGAAUGUACUGACUCUUUAGUUGAGUCUAGGGGUUGAACCGUGUGUGUGUGUGUGUGUGUGUGUGUGUGUGUGUGUGUGUGUGUGAGUGUGUGUGUUUAUAGUGUGGGUGCAGGUUUGUUUUU